UAUAUGUUGCUUUAACUGCUGAAGUUCCUACAACUCCUCUUUUAACUGUUAAUACUUCUUUGAAUAGACAACAAAGAGAAAAAGUUAAAGAAAUUCUUCUAAACAACCACCAAAUUUUUGCUGAAAAUAUUUCUAAAGAAGGACAAACCUUAGAACUGGGACAAACCAAAGAAGUUUGCUAUAAAAUUAAUACUCCAGAUGCUAAACUGAUUAAACAACAAGCCUAUAGAGCAUCACCAAACGAUUUAGAGUUCUUGAAAAAAGAAAUUAAAGAAAUAGAAAAAU